AUGAACAUUGGAGACGAAACAAUCCCCACAGUAGACAUCAGCGCCUGGCUGUCUCCCGAGUCCUCUCAACAGGCAAGAGACAGGGUCGUUGAGGAAGUUAGUCACGCUUGCUCCAAGUAUGGCUUCUUCAAUCUCGUGGGCCAUGGGGUUCCGGUUGAAGCUCGCCAGCAAAUCUUCGAAUGUGCUAAAGCAUUCUUCAAUCUUCCCCUCGAGGAGAAGAUGAAGAUUUCCGUUGAUAAGUCCCUGGGCAAGUCUUUCCGGGGUUACGAGCCGUCUCGGAUCCAAACACACCAGACAGGCUUGCUUCCGGACACCAAAGAGUGUUUCAUUACUGGCGCCGAAGUCCCCGCUGAUCAUCCGGAUGCCGGCAAGUUCUCCACGGGUCCGAACCUCUGGCCUGAAGUAUUACCAGAUGAGGAAUUCCGUCAGCCAGUGAUGGAAUAUCGGGCUCGGUUACUCGAGCUCGUUGGCGUACUCGUCAGAAUCCUAAGCCAGGGCUUGAACAAAGCUAAGGGUCACCCACCGGAUGUUCUAAAUGACAUCUUGAUAAAUCCGUCCAUCCCCAUGCGACUUUUGCACUACGCUCCGGAGACCGACAUCGAUCCCAGACAAUUUGGAGUUGGUGACCACACCGAUUUCGGCUGCGUUUCCAUCCUCUUACAACAGGCUGGAACCAAGGGCUUGGAGGUCUGGUAUCCGCCGAAAGAGAGCUGGAUCCCAGUUCCAGUGAUUGAAAAUGCAUUCGUGAUCAAUAUGGGUGAUACUAUGCAUCGCUGGACGGGUGGUUUCUAUCGAAGUGCGCGGCACCGCGUUUAUAUUACUGGGGAGCGUCGGUAUAGUGUUGCAUUUUUUCUAAACGGCAACUUGAAACUAAAGAUCAAGCCUCUCGAUGGAUCCGGAGAGGAGGCAUCUGUUGGUGAACAUAUUAACUCCAGACUAGCGCACACCCUUGGUGACAAUGCCAAGUAUCUGAGAUAA